GUCUUCUUCUUCCGAAUGGGACAACACCUCCGAGGCUACUUCAGCGCGUUGGCAGUGGUGCUGAAGUCAAACAACGAAUCGCCGUGGACCAACGAGUUUGACAAAAUCGAGUUAUCCUGUUUGAUUGAGUCCAUUUCCACAACCAACCCCAGAAUCGAAUGGAAGAAGAUAACGAACGAGGGGCCGAGUUAUGUGUACUUUGACGGGAAGAUCUCAGGUGACCUGGAGAACAGAGCGUUGAUCCGAGAACCCGCCUCGCUGCUGAUAACCAACGCCACGAGGUCGGACACGGCCAAGUACCGCUGCGAGGUCACUGCCUCCGACGACCAGAAGUCAGUCGACGAGAUCGUGAUCGUCCUCGUCGUGAGAGUGAAGCCGGUGGUGCCGAAAUGCAGCGUCCCAAAGUCGGUGCCAUUUGGGAAGUCGGCGGAGCUGAGCUGCGUGGAGGAGGAGGGCUUCCCCAAGUCCCAAUACCAGUGGUUCAAGAACAGGGAGGAGAUUCCCGACGACCCAAAGUCCAGCCUCAAGUUCUUCAACUCCUCGUACACGCUCAACGCCGACUCAGGGACUCUGAAGUUCAUCGCAGUCAGAAAAGAAGACUCAGGCGAGUACUCCUGCCGAGCGAAGAACGAUGCAGGAUACUCCGUGUGUCCACCGCAGAAGAUGGAAGUCUACGACAUCGAUGUUGUGGGCAUUGUACUGGGAGUGCUGGUGGUGGUGAUGGUGCUCGUGUGUAUAACGGCGGGGAUCUGCUGUGCGUACAAGCGGGGCUACUUCUCCGGCCAGAAACCGACGGGGAACAAUUACAAAGUUCCAGCUAAAGGAGACGGAGUGGACUACGUCAGGACGGAGGAUGAGGGGGACUUCCGACACAAGUCGUCAUUCGUGAUCUGAGGAUGGACGGGGACGUCCCGGGCUGAGCGAGCGAGGCGUGACCUGUGGGGACCCCCCCCCCCCACACACACACAGCCCACGUGCUCCGAGCGCUCGGCCCAAACUAGCCGCUCAAGUUUGCCAAAGGUGACGAGAUUUCACGGGACAACAAACUCGUCGGAGCUCUUGAUUACACAACGUAGGGGACUGAGAUUUCUUCUUGGACUUUUUACCGCCACCAACCGAAUUAUUUCGCUAAAUUAUGGAGUUCUUACUUUACCGCUGUUGCAUGGUUUGAAAAAAAAACACCGACCGAGGUGGAGGAGGCGAUUCUUUGUUCUGCCGAGUAGAAAAGGAGGAGCGUCUUCCCUCCAACGUCUGUCAUCAUGACACCUUUCUACUUUCGCUUCAAACCCUUCUCGUCAUUUGUAUAACCUUUUUUUUCUACUGUUGAAAUUUGUCAGACUAUUUUUGAUGGAAUAUAUUUUAAAAAUGCCUACAGAUAAAAGGUUUACUUUUUUAAAUAUUUGUAAAAUACUAACAUGUGUUGUUGAUUUUGUUUUGUUUUUAUUUGGUCGUGGAUAAAAACAAGUAUGUCACACUUUAACCACAUCAGGCUGGAAGCAGUUACACCUCUGCAAUCGGAAGAAAGAUGGACAGACGAAAAAGAAAAGAAGAAAAAGAAAAGAAAAAGGACUCAAAUCUGCAUAUCGCAAUGUGGUUCUUGAUCGACGGUCUUACAUAUUUAAUUUCCCGCUUUCUGUCGUGAGGCUCUUCCAUGUCCAUGUUUGUAGAUAGUCUUAGUCAGAGGCUUGAAGAGUGCCAGUCUAAUGCUGUGAACACUGCACACAAUCAGUGUGCAUUUUCUUGAUUUAUAAGUGUCCUUCUAUGCUUGCUGGUGAUUUUGUAUAUAUUGAAUUUACUGUCCAGAGUUUUGCUGUCAUGUGUACAUUCAGUAUUACACUAUAAUAAUUAUGGUAAUAAUAAUACAGGGUUUUGUCGGUUAACCUUCCAGACCCAAAGGUAAAGGAAGUUGUAAAACUAGACGUGGUACUUUGACGUUUUACUGUGUAAAAGCCCUCGAUUUGAAAUUCUGAAUGGAAACAAACUGGACAGAGGACAGAGAGCUUCCUGUCCCUGCGCGUGACAGUUGAGGACUUUGUUAUUUAGACUACUGACUCGUCUGUAUUUAAGCCCCAUUCACUAAAGGUGCCAAGGACGGCUCUCCGGUACAUUCACAGACUGCUACAGGCAGCUGUCCGAUCUGUCCACGUCCAGUCUGUUUACAAACAAUUGUUUGCUAAUAUUUGUGCAAAUUAGAGUGUAGACCCUCGUGUAACAUUUCUAAUCUUUAUUCUUUUCAUAGAUCUGACCCGGCGCGUCAGUGUGACCGUGAUAUACGGCCAGGGUCUGGAGGGUUAACAGUUGUAGUGAUUGUAUAUAGAUAUUUGUAUUUUUGUUGUUGCUUUUUCUCUCUCUCUCAAGAGUAUGUAAAGUGGUGGUUCUUUUUGAGGCAAUAUGAAACUCUUUCCAUUUGUAAGACUGGGAAAAGGUAACAUUUUAUCAUAUCAUUCCGAACAAAUGAGUAUGGAAGCCCCAAGGGGAAAGUGAGAAUUAUUUUUUCAGGUGGAAAAAAGUCACAAAAAUCUUUCACGCUUCUUAAAAUGAGAAAGUUAAAUAUAUAUAUAUGUAUACAUUAUAUAUAUUAAUAUAUAUAAUGUAUAUAUAUAUAUAAUGUUAUUGAUAUAUAAAUAUAUAUAUAUAUUGUAUAUAUAUAUCCAUCCAUCCAUUAUCAAUACCGCUUAUCCUCAUUAGGGUCGCGAGGGCGCUGGAGCCGAUCCCAGCUGACAUAGGGCGAAGACAGGGGACACCCUGGACAGGCCGCCAGUCCAUCGAGGGCACUAUAUAUAUAUAUUCAUAUAUAUAAUGUUUUCAUUAUAUAUAUAUAUAAUGUUCUCAUUAUAUAUAUAAUGUGUUCAUUUUAAGGAGCUUGAAAGAUUUUCCAGACUUUUCUUUUUAUAUAUAUAUAUACAGGACUGUCUCAGAAAAUUAGAAUAUUGUGAUAUAGUUCU